AUGACUACUGCAACUCCAACCUGGCCUGCUCUUUCUGAAGAUCACCCGCUUAGUGUGCUUCAUACCGAGCUUGCCUCGAUCCUCUCAGAACAGCCCCCCCACAAGAUCUGGGGAAUCACUCUCUCGCCUAAUAAGGACGACUUCCUUACCAAGAUCAUCUUGCAGAAGUUCUUGAGGGCAAACAAGGGUGACAAGGAAUUGGCUCUUAAGCAGCUUAAGGAAACCCUGGAGUGGCGCAGGCAGUUCUUUGAUGGGGAUGGUAAAGUCAUCGGUACCUGGGAUGAGGCUAAGUAUCAGGAUUUGGGGUAUAUCACUACAGAAAAAGUCAAGGAUGGAGAAGAUGAGAAGAAGGUCGUUGUCACCUGGAACAUCUAUGGAAAUGUCAAAGACUUUGCGAAAACAUUCGGUGAUGUCCAGGAGUUCCUCCGUUGGAGGGUUGACCUCAUGGAGCGUUCUAUCGAACUCCUCGACCUCGCCUCUGCUAAAGAGCCUAUUCCUGACUACGACCCCGUAAAGGCAACCAUCGACCCGUACAAGACAAUUCAGGUCCACGAUUAUCUCCGUGUUUCUUUCUUCCGUAGCCCUGCCGAAGUCAAAACCGCUUCGAAGAAAACCAUCGAAAUCUUUCAGAAAUUCUACCCGGAGCUUCUUGAUAAGAAGUUCUUUGUCAACGUUCCGCUCCUUAUGAGCUGGAUGUACACCACUAUGAGAGCCCUUGUUGCAAAGGAAACCUUCAAGAAGCUCAUCAUGCUUUCUUAUGGUGCAGAGCUGUCCAAGAGCAUGGGAUCUACCACUAUCCCUGCGGCCUACGGCGGGACUGGCGAACCUUUGAAAAAGGAUGAAGAUGCAUCCAAAGAGAACCUUACUGGAGGUGACGCUGCCAACGAUGACGCCGCAAAAGGUGAUGUCGUUAAAGAUGACACCGCCAAAGACAAUACCGAUAAAAACAACACCGAUAAAGACAACGCAGAUAAAGUAAACACCGACGCAGAUAAAGUAAACACCGAUAAGGGCAACACCGAUAAGGAAAAUGUCACUGAGGUCGUGCCAAACCUUGCCGCCGCUCCCGAGGAGCCAACUACUGCUUCUGCUGCAGUUACUGCAGCCCCGGAGAUUGCCACUGCUACCAAGGCCGUUGAGGAGCCUAGUUUGGCUAGCGCCACCAGUCCUACAUCAGCUCCAGCUACGGAGGCUACGACUGACCCCUCUACAGCCCCUGCCGUGACUCCAGUCUCUGAGCUUGUGGUCGGAGCUGAAGCCACCUCUGCCGUUGCCGCCGCCCCCAGUGUCCCUGCCUCCACUUCCGAUGCAGUUGUCCCGACUGUUAUUACUACUAGUGGAGAGCCCGAGAAGAAUUAA